CACUGCAGGCUGCGCCUCGGCGCUGCUCCGGAGUGGAACCAGCUUCGUGGGGGAGAGAGCCCGACUCGGAGCAGGCAAACGGAGACGGAAGAAAGCAGGUGUGAACCAGGCCCGGGAGGGAGAGGAGGAUGCCAGACCACGGAAGCCACUGCUGGCCCUGAUGCCCAGAACCACCUUGAAGAAAAAGGGUGCAUCUUCCUGUUAGGACCCGGAAAACUGCUCCCCCACCCUAUCCUCUCGUCCUGGACCUGAUCGGGAACGGCACGGUCACCUCCCGUCCUGAUUUUGGAGGCAGACUCUCCCUUCCUCUAACCCACUUUGGUCUCGCCAGCUCCUCCAGAGAUGUACCAGAGCUUAGCCAUGGCUGCCAACCAUUGCCCUCAGGCCUACGAAGGGGCGAGUGGCUUCAUGCACGGUGCGGCUGCCACUUCCCCCGUCUACAUCCCUACCACCAGAGUCGGCACCAUGAUUCCCAGCCUGCCUUACCUCCAGGGGUCCGCCUCAUCACAGCAAGGCAGCCCCUCCGGCCACUCCAUCUGGACUCAGCCCGGAGCCGAGAGCGCCUCGUAUAACCCCGGCUCGACGCACCCCUCCGUCUCGCCCAGGUUCUCCUUCGCCGCCGGAUCCCCCAUCCCGACCACCACCUCCAGAGAGGGGGCCACGUACAGCAACCCCCUCAGCAUCACGGCCAACAGCAGGGAACAAUACGCCCGCAGUUUCACUGGAUCGUACUCUAGCCCCUACCCAGCAAGCUACAUGACCCCGGAGCUGGGGGCCACUUGGACUUCCUCGCCUUUCGACAACCCCAUGCUCCAUAACCUCCAGAAUCGGGGGACCCCAGGUGGGACAAGGCACCCCAACCUAGGUAAGACCCACUCUCUCUUUUUACCUUUAGUUAGGGUCUUUCUAGAAAGGAAGGAAAAAAGCUACAUUGCUAAGCAGGCUCCCUGCCGAUUUUCUGCUGGGAUGCAGCUGUUUGUUCCUGGUCCUGGCCUUCGAUGCGCAGAUUUUUAUGACGAUUACUCUGAAGGCCGGGAAUGUGUCAACUGCGGAGCGAUGUCCACCCCACUGUGGAGGAGAGACGGCACCGGCCAUUACCUGUGCAACGCUUGCGGUCUCUACCACAAGAUAAACGGCAUUAACCGACCGCUGAUCAAACCCCAGAGGAGGCUGUCGGCAUCCCGUCGGAUCGGACUCUCAUGCGCCAAUUGCCAUACCACUACCACCACGCUGUGGCGCCGGAAUGCAGAAGGCGAGCCGGUCUGUAACGCCUGCGGUUUAUACAUGAAGCUCCACGGGGUCCCGAGGCCUUUAGCAAUGCGGAAGGAAGGGAUCCAGACCAGGAAGCGGAAACCGAAGAAUUUAAACAAAUCCAAGGCGCCAACAGGGUCUGCCAGUAGCGACAGCCUUCCCUCGUCCCUCAGUUCUGCCCCCUGCACCAGCACGACAACCACCACAACUGCCAUGGAAGAAAUGCGCCCCAUCAAAAUGGAACCGGGGAUCUCCUCUCAUUACGGGCACCCGGCGCCCAUUCCACAGGCAUUCUCAGUCUCUGCCAUGUCCGGACAUGGACCCGCUCUUCACUCUGCCGUGCCAAGCCUCAAACUUUCCCCACAGAGCUACCCGGCAGCUAUGAGCCAGUCUCCACAGCCCAGCUCCAAGCAAGACUCCUGGAAUAGUCUGGUCCUGGGCGAAAGCCAUGGAGACAUUAUCACGGCGUAACCAUCUCUGCCCCUCUCAGG